AUGGUCCUCGUAAACCAGACACAAGUAACGGAAUUCAUGCUUUUAGGAUUUCGGAACCACAGUAUUUUGACCGUGGUUCUUUUUGUUCUGUUUCUUUUGAUCUACAUCUUGACAUUAGUCUGGAACUUGAUGAUUAUUAUAUUGGUGGCAAAGGUUCAGAGUCUGAAAUCCCCCAUGUAUUUCUUCCUCGCUCAGUUAUCAUUGUCAGACAUUCUCCUCACCACAAAUAUAGCCCCUAAUACCCUUCAUGUUGUAAUUAACGAAGGAAGCACAAUAUCUGUAACUGAAUGCAUCUCACAGCUUUACUUUCACGGGGUUUCAACUGUUUCUGAAUGUUUUCUUCUCUCUGUGAUGUCCUAUGACCGAUAUUUAGCCAUCUGCCGCCCAUUGCAUUAUACCUCUAUUAUGGAUCUCAGGCUUCAACUACAACUAGUUAGUUUUUGUUGGCUUUCAGCAUUACUUAUAACAUUGCCCAUUGUUUUCCUAAUGUACAAUUUACAGUUUUGUGGUCCCCAUAUAAUUGACCAUUAUUUCUGUGAUCUUGAACCCAUGCUGGAACUGUCAUGUUCAGAUGCUACCAUUGUGAAACUUGUAGAUGUUGCCUUAGGAGCACCUUUUCUUCUUUUACCUUUUUUCUUUAUUCUUUUCACAUACGUCUAUAUCUUUAUCGCCAUCAUUGGAAUUUCCAGCACCAUCGGGAGACAGAAAGCCUUCUCCACCUGUAGCUCUCACUUGAUCGUGGUGAUCAUGUACUAUGGGACUCUGAUAAUGAUUUACUUGGUUCCUUCUAAUGGUCAGACACCUAACCAUAAUAAGGUAAUAUCUCUUCUAUAUACAAUGGGGACCUCAUUCCUUAAUCCAAUUAUAUACAGUUUGAGGAAUCAGGAUAUAAAGAAUAAUCUGCUGAAAUAUAUUACAAAUACUUUUAAGAAGAAUUAA